AUGGAGACGGGAUGCAGGCACGCGGUGCGCUCUUGUGCUGCAUAGGGGGAGAUUUAAAAAAAACCUAGGGUACAGAAGAUUGCACAGCGCAAUAAGCUAUUGUAGUUUUCAACAAAGAGAACAAUGAGAGACUGAAAAUCACUAUUUUUAAGCACUAUGUCAACAGGAAUUUAAAGGUAGUCUUUAAAAUAAUUAGCAUCUCACAAAUCUCCCAUGUUACACCUCCUUGUAGUUGGGAAGAAAUUCCCCCCUCCCUCUUUCAGUUUCUAGUAUCCCAUCAGGUAGCAUCGCUCCGAUUACCGUGGAAGAAACCUUCCUAUCAUGGCGCCUAGAUUCCAGCUGAAGGUAAGAAAUGCGCUGUAGCACAACGCGUGUUCUGGAAAACAAGCCGGUGACAGACAGACAUCGCAUUGCGAAGCAAUUUGGGCUGUAAUAUGGAAUGUAGGUCCUAUUUGGACAAAUCAUUUGUGGGCGUCAGUGGAUUGUACCCAGCGUAGCAUAGCCUUGCUAGCAUAUUGCUAGUUUACUCGGCCGCUGUUUUGAAUAGAACAAGAAAGGACUGGACGGAGUUGACAUUGGUGAAUGACAUAGAGACAGCGUGACUCGAACCAUAUCGUGCUGGUAAAUUAUAAAUGAUCUUUCUUUGACCUUCAGAUCUGCAUGUUUUAUGAAGUGAUGUGAUGUGUGUGUGAAUGGCUUCGCUUCAUAUACAUUUAUAUUAGCAUGUUUUAUGAUGUGAUGUGAUGUGUGUGUGAAUGGCUUGGCAUCAUAUACAUUUAUAUUUUUUUUAAAUAUCACUUUGGUGCAAUUUUCACAAGUAUGUGAUACAUUUUCAUAACUCUGAGCACAAAAAUCUAAACAGAUCAUCAAAAUAGCUCAUGUUUCAAAACUAAUAAAAAAAAAUGUUUAUACCAAGUACAACAAACGAAUUCACAAAGUCACUUGUUCACUGCAACAAAUCACUCUUUCAAUUUGGAUGCAUAUUCAAUUGAAGUAUCAGCUUUUCAAAAUGCAAUAUUCACUUUAAGCCUACUUUUGAUAUGAUAUUCUUAUCAUGUGUUAACACUACAAUUAAUUAUCACUUAAUCAAACUGCUCAAAACUGUUACCUACCGAACUAAACUGAUGUAGUGCCUAGUUAACAUAUAUACAUUUUAAAUUCUAGUCAUUUAGCAGACGCUCUUAUCCAGAGUGUCUUACAGUUAGUGAGUGCAUACAUUUUCAUACUGGCCCCCGUGGGAAACUAACCCACAACCCUGGCGUUGCAAGCGCCAUGCUCUACCAACUGAGCUACACGGGGCCCCGUGUAUAGUUUGAUAACUGUAUAUUUCUAUAUUUUUACCUCAUAAAUGUAUCAAUUAGACACCAAUUUAUGUUGGAAGGUAAAACGAAAUCAUACUGUAUAUGGAUGUGACUGUAAAUACGACACAAUCAUUCUCCAUAAGCCAGUGUGCUUCAAAGUGGAAAGAGUCACUCUUAUGUGCUACCAUUUGUAAUUAUAGUGUAGUGUACAAUGCACUGCUAAACUACAUGGGUUGUAUAUAACAAUAUAUUCCACUCAUUAUCUGAAUUUCAAUGAUACACUGUAAGCUGAUUAAUUUUGUCGAGCAGAGAGAUAGGAGAUAUUGUAUAGAAACACAUAGAAAAGGUGAACUUGUACAAUGUUGCAAGGGCCAGAAAUGACAUACAACACCAUGCUACAAUAUGUGACAAUAAAACUUCUUAUUUUGUAUUUAUUUUAACUGCUUUACAUUACCCCAUAUUUCUGAUGAUUUGUCCUACGUUUGUACUGUAUAAGGAUAAUGAAACCGUAAGACUGACAUAUUUCCCAACAUACUCACAACCUGCCAUUGGAUACAAAUGAUAUAAAAAUGGCGUAUGUCAAGUUAUAAUCAAAUCAAAUUUUAUUUGUCACAUGCGGCAAAUACAACAGGUGUAGACCUUACCGUCAAUGUAAAUAGUCCGGGUGGCCAUUUGAUUAAUUGUUCAGCAGUCUUAUGGCUUGGGGGUAGAAGCUGUUAAGGAGCCUUUGGUCCUAGACAUAGUGCUCCGGUACCACUUGCCGUGCUGUAGCAGAGAGAACAGUCUAUGACUUGGGUGACUGGAGUCUUUGAAAAAUGUUUGGACCUUCCUCUGACACCGCCUAGUAUAUAGGUCCUGGAUGUCAGGAAGCUUGGCCCCAGUGAUGUACUGGGCCGUACGCACUACCCUCUGUAACGCCUUACGGUCAGAUGCCGAGCAGUUGCCAUACCAGGCGAUGAUGCAACCUGUCAGGAUGCUCUCGAUGGUGCAGCUGUAUAACUUUUUGAGGAUCUGGAGACCCAUGCCAAAUCUUUUUAGUCUCAUGAGGGGGAAAAGGUGUUGUCGUGCCCUCUUCACAACUGUCUUGGUUUGUUUGGACCAUGAUAGUUCGUUGGUGAUGUGGACACCAGGAACUUGAAACUCUCGACCCGCUCCACUUCAGCCCUGUCAAUGUUAAUGGGGGCCUGUUCGGCGUUCCUUUUCCUAUAGUCCACGAUCAGCUCCUUUGUCUUGCUCACAUUGGGGGAGAGGUUGUUGUCCUGGCACCACACUGACAGGUCUCUGACCUCCUCCCUAUAGGCUGUCUCAUCGUUGUCGGUGAUCAGGCCUACCACUGUUGUGUCGUCAGCAAACUUAAUGAUGGUGUUGGAGUCGUGCUUGGCCACGCAGUCGUGGGUGAACAGGGAGUACAGGAGGGGACUAAGCACGCACCCCUGAGGGGCCCCAGUGUUGAGGAACAGCGUGGCAGAUGUGUUGUUUCCUACCCUUACCACCUGAGGGCAGCUCGUCAGGAAGUCCAGGAUCCAGUUGCAGAGGGAGGUGUUUAGUCCCAGGGUCCUUAGCUUAGUGAUGAGCUUUGUGGGCACUAUGGUGUUGAACGCUGAGCUGUAGUCAAUGAACCGCAUUCUCACAUAGGUGUUCCUUUUGUCCAGGUGGGAAAGGGCCGUGUGGAGUGCGAUUGAGAUUGCGUCAUCUGUGGAUCUGUUGGGGCGGUAUGCGAAUUGGAGUGGGUCUAGUGAUUCCGGCAUGAUGGUGUUGAUGUGAGCCAUGACCAGCCUUUCAAAGCACUUCAUGGCUACCAACGUGAGGGCUACGGGGCGGUAAUCAUUUAGGCAGGUUACCUUUGCUUUCUAUAGUCAAAUACUGUAUGGAAAUUUAUAUUUACCAUCUACUAUUCUUUCUAUUCAGCACUUCAAAAAGAACAGUUUCGAAAUGUGUAUCUUGUAUUAUUUGGCUAUUGGAUUAAAUGGUAGUUAAAAUGACUAAAUGGUGAGCCUAUCAUUAUCUGAGGUAUUGGAGACUAAAUAAAAUGUGCUCAUGGUAUUUCACGGAAAACUUGGAUUUUGCAUGAAUGACUCAGUGGUGAAAGAUAUGUGAAACCCCAAUGAAUGCACAAUCAAAAGUUAUUUAAAAAAGAUAGGGGCCAUUACAAGUGUUAUCAGUUUAGAGUUUUGUACUUAGAUUUUUUUUUAAAUACCACUUACAGUGCAUUUGGAAAGUAUUCAGACCCAUUGACUUUUUCCACAUUUUGUUACGUUACAGCCUUUUUCUAUAAUAAAUUAAAAUAAAUCUACACACAAUACCCCAUAAUGACAAAGUGAAAACAGGUUUUUAGAAUUUUUUGCAAAUGUAUUAAAAAUAAAAAACAGAAAUACCUUAUUUACUUAAGUAUUCAGACCCUUUGCUAUGAGACUCGAAAUUGAGCUCAGGUGCAUCCUGUUUCCAUUGAUCAUCCUUGAGAUGUUUCUACAACUUUAUUGGAGUCCACCUGUGUUAAAUUCAAUUGAUUGGACAUGAUUUGGAAAGGCACACACAUGUCUAUAUAAGGUCUCACAGUUGACAGUGCAUGUCAGAGCAAAAACCAAGCCAUGAGGUCGAAGGAAUUGGCCGUAGAGCUCCGAGACAGGAUUGUGUCGAGGCAAAGAUCUGGGGAAUGGUACCAAAAAAUGUCUGCAGCAUUGAAGGUCCCCAAGAACACAGUGGCCUCCAUCAUUCUUAAAUGGAAGAAGUUUGGAACCACCAAGACUCUUCCUAGAGCUGGCCCUCCGGCCAAACUGAGCAAUUGGGGGAGAAGGGCCUUGGUCAGGGAGGUGACCAAGAACCCGAUGGUCACUCUGACAGAGCUCCAGAGUUCCUCUGUGGAGAUGGGAGAACCUUCCAGAAGGACAACCAUCUCUGCAGCACUCCACCAAUCAGGCCUUUAUGGUAGAGAGGCCAGACGGAAGCCACUCCUCAGUAAAAGGCACAUGACAGCCCACUUGGAGUUUGCCAAAAGGCACCUAAAGGACUGAGAAACAAGAUUCUCUGCUCUGAUGAAACCAAGAUUGAAAUCUUUGGCCUGAAUGCCAAGCGUCACGUCUGGAGGAAACCUGGUACCAUCUUGCUGGUACCAUCUUGCUGUGGGGAUGUUUUUCAGCGGCAGGGACUGAGGGACUAGUCAGGAUCGAGGGAAAGAUGAACGAAGUAAAGUACAAAGAGAUUCUUGAUGAAAACCUGCUCCAGAGCACUAAGGACCUCAGACUGGGGCGAAGGUUCACCUUCCAACAGGACAACAACUCUAAGCACACAGCCAAGAAAAUGCAGGAGUGGCUUCGGGACAAGUCUCUGAAUGUCCUUGAGUGGCCCAGCCAGAGCCCGGACUUGAACCCGAUUUAACAGCUCUGGAGAGACCUGAAAAUAGCUGUGCAGCGACGCUCCCCAUCCAACCUGACAGAGCUUGAGAGGAUCUGCAGAGAAGAAUGGGUGUGCAAAUACAGGUGUGCAAAGCUUUUAGCGUCAUACCCAAAAAUACUUGAGUCUGUAAUCGCUGCCAAAGGUGCUUUUAACAAAGUACUGAGUAAAGGGACUGAAUACUUAUGUAAAUGUGAUAUUUCCGGUUUUUAUUAGUAAUAAAUAUGUCAAAAUGUCUAAAAACCUGUUUUGCUUUGUCAUUAUGGGGUAUUGUGUGUAGAUUGAUGAGGGGAAAAAACAAUUUAAUCCAUUUUAGAAUGAGGCUGUGCCGUAACAAAAUGUGGAAGAAAUCAAGGUGUCUGAAUCCUUUCUUAGUGCACUGUAUAUCUGAAAAAUGUGCCAAAGUGAUUGAAAAAAACUGUCAUGUUGGAAAAGUAUCAAGUGAUUUAGGCUGUGCUAUAGUGUUGCUUAAAGCUUAUAAUCAAAUACAAAUCAUGUAAUUUAAGUGGAUGUGACUGGUUUAGAAAAUUCAAAGGAAGGUUGUCAUCCUCCUCUCCCCUUGCAUCAGAGCAAUCAAUAGAAUGGAUAUUGGUUAGUUUAAUGUACUGAUUAACUUGUGUGUCAGUGUGUGUGUGAGUGUGUCACUGUGAGUGUCAGUGUGUGAGUGUGUGUGUGUGUGUGUGUGUGUGUGUGUGUGUGUGUGUGUGUGUGUGAGUGAGUGAGUGAGUGAGUGAGUGAGUGAGUGAGUGAGUGAGUGAGUGAGUGAGUGAGUGAGUGAGUGAGUGAGUGAGUGAGUGAGUGAGUGUGUGUGUGUGAGAGUCAGUUUCUGGAGCCUCAGCUUUAGGAGCUGAGUUUUGGAUAGCCUAUUUAUUGGCUAGAAUCUACAUUUCCAUUACUUAUUUCAUAGAACCCUUUCCUGGAAUGAUGUCAUUGUGCCACUGAAAUAUCCCUUAGUGAAAGACUGCUGGAGUAGAGCACUGUUUCCCUCCCACCCUUAUUUUUAUACAACGUCUUCGACUAUGACCAGAGCUGCUAUCAGUAUUGAUGCAUCCUGCAACCGUUAGGCUACUGAUUUUACUACAGUUUAAAGGGUGAUUUAAUUAAUUAAUUCAUUCAUUAAUUCAUUCAUUUCCUUCACUCAGAGUAGGAAUGCUGAUCUAGGAUCAGGUUCCCCCCUGUCCAUGUAAUCUUACUCAUUAUGAUCUGUUUUAGCCAGAAUUGAAUCUCUCAGACCUCUGUCAAGGGCAACCACAGAUUAGAAGCAACACACCUAGUCUUGGACCUAUCAGUGUCCACUGUCCAGAUCUUAGGGACACACUAUCUUCAGCAUUACAGGUGCAUUCAUCCUUCCAAUCUAGGUCUGUGUUCAUAAAGCUUCAGUGUGCUGAUCUAGGAUCAGGUCCCCCUGUCCAUGUAGAUCUUAUUUAUUAUGAUCUAAAAUGCAGAACUGAUCCUAGAUUAUCACUCCUGCAGGACGCUUUAUGAAUACGGGCCCAGGUAUGGUGUGUGUGACAAUAGGCAGCACCAGUCUAUACAGCAGUGGUCAUGUGUAGAAUGAAGUCAUCGGGACCAGGCGUCACACACAAACACACACAAACACACCACACACACACACACACACACACACACACGCACACACACACACACACACACACACACACACACACAACACACACACACACACACACACACACACACACACACACACACACACACACAUACACACACACACACACACACACACACACACACACACACACACACACACAGUCCUGCAGGAUACUUCUGGUCCCCACAAGAAUAGUUAAACACGUCCACACACACUCCGGACCAGGCGUGUGCAGGAAUUAAAUAAUUUACGUCUGGUCCUCCUUCCUUAUUGAUAUUUAAUGAGUCUCCCACUGCUCUGACAGCCAUUGAGGACAGCUAUUUAUAAAACAACUGUUAAACUGUCACGUGGUAACACUUAGCUAGAGAAAUCUCUUCCCUCUCUCACACUAUGUCUGCAUCCCAAAUGGCACUCUAUUCCCUAUAUAGUGCACUAUUUUUGACCAGGGCCUGUAGCAUCUUGAAUGCUGCAGUUAAUGGUAGUUGGUGGUACAACUGUUUUAUAUGUGUUUUAUUUCAAUACCUCUUCUUCAUGUUAUUCCUCUAUUUUGGUCCCGUGCUGUGUACUUACUUCGUUCUCUUUUCAAACACUAUAAAUUCAUCCUUCUACCCCCUCUAGGUGGGUUUGUUUUAAUUCAAUUAAUUAAUUCCCUUGAAUAUCAAAGUGAUUCGCCAUUUACAUUAUAUUACAUUUGAGUCAUUUACCAGAUGCUCUUAUCCAGAGCGACUUACAGUAGUGAGUGCACACAUUCUCAUCGUUUUUUGUACUGGUCCCCCAUGGGAAUCAAACCCACAACCCUGGCGUCACAAGCGCCAUGCUCUACCACCGAGCCACACAGGACCCCCUCAGGUCUGUCUAUCUACCUGCGUGAUUCAUUGACUCUCCACCUCUCCCUCCUCCCCAGUCUAACGUAAAGAGCAUGGAGUGCGAGCUGCAUUGCCCAGUGUGUAAGGAGAUCGUCAAGCAGCCCGUGGUCCUGCCAUGUCAGCACAGCGUCUGCCUGAUGUGUGCCUCCGAGGUCCUGGUUAAAAAUGGCUACCCUCCUCCGGAGCUGCCACCCGAGCCCAACUCUCCUGCCUCCACCCCCAACACCCGCUCUCCCCGCCAGCCACGCAGGCCCAUGCCCUGCAAGGCUGACCAUCGACCCAUCGACCGCGUGCUACGUUCAGGUAAUGUGUGUGUGUGUGAGUGUGUGUUUGCACGUGAGAGAGAGAGUGUGUGUAUGUAUCUUUAGAUUCAAUGUCAAGUGACAAUCAAUAGGACUAGUCUGGGGAUGCGAUGGGAAUACACACAUCCUUCUCUGAUUCUCUCUUUCUCUCUAUUUCCUCCACUCUUUACCUAUCCCUCUCUCCUCAUCCCACUGACUGACUUCUCCCCCUCUGCCACCCUGUGUCCAGGAUUUGGGACGUAUCCGUCGCCGGGGCGACGGCGUAAGGAACCACCCCCUGCGAUGUUGUUUCCAUGCCCGCCCUGUGGGAGGGAGGUAGAGCUGGGAGAGAAGGGCCUAACUGACUGCCUGCGUAACCUCACCUUGGAGCGCAUUGUAGAAAGGUAACACACACACUUAUACACACUUACAUUUAUACACGCACGCACACAUGCACGUAUGCACAGGCAUGCACAGACACGUAGUGGAGGUGAGUCGGCUCAUGGACUUGUGAGCUCUUACGGAAAAACCACAUGAAUUUUAUGUGAUCCCAUGUGAUCUUAUGUGAAGUUAAGGUAAUAUCAUGUAAAGCAACAUGUGAUAACAUGAAACUACACAUGUGAAAACACGUGAUCACAUGUGAAUUGUUCGACAUGAAAUCAUGUGAUUUGACACAUGUGAAAUUGUGUUUUUCUGUAAGGGAGGAGGUAGCCCUGGGCAGUAUACCGUAUUUUACGAUGUACCGGUAUUGAUGCACGGCCUGGUUUGGGUUUUUACUUCACCUUCUAUAACGGUAUUUGAAUGUUUGGUUUGUUAAAUGUGAUACACCAUGUGUAACGUCCAUUUUUAUAGUUUACUCUCUACCUGAGUCAUCUCUCUCCAUGCCACUUUCCACACAGACCUAGCCCUGUCCCCUGUCAUUCAAGGAACGCAUUUGUUGUUCCUCGACAACGAGACACUUGCGUUUAGUCUGCACGGUCAAUGCAGCACAUGCAACAAUGUUGAUGACAACAAUGCUGUUUUCACUUUGCUUCUUAAUAUAAAUCCACUAGCGUUCUAUAAUUACACUAAUAGUUUGUGUUUCUUACAUCUGCAAAUGGCUAGUUUGUCUUUUCUUAGCAAGUUGGGCCUAAAUCGUGUUUGCCGCUAAUGCUAAUCGCUAGUUAGCUGGUUAGCUGAUAAAUGUACUGAGUCAGAGCAAACGUAACUAGCUAUACAGCCUGAUAAUACCAGGGAUGGUGCGACUUAAAUCAGCAUGUUGUUUGUGCAACAGCAUCUUCUAAAUCAAAGAGGAAUACCCGAAGCAUGAAUAUGUUAGCUACAUGAAGUAGCUAUGAGAAAACAUUCAAUGUAGUCAAAGGUUAUAGGGUCCCUUAUGAAACACUGACCAUCACUUUGGUUCCUACCCUGUCACAAUAACUCCUCCCUGGCAUUUUUAUUCGUUGUCAUGUCAAACAACACUGCAUUCAAAGUGCUCACUGUUAUAGUCUAACUAUAGACCUAUAAUAAUCAAUCUAUUUCCAUGAUUCCAACAGUUCACCCAAAUGUUUUGCUCUAAAUCGCAAUUGCAACAUUUUAUUUUGAAAUAAGGCCUAAAUUGUUUGCCCAUAUCGUGCAGCCCUACGUGGCAGUGUGGAAAUGAUCUCAAAUGAGUGCAGGAAAUGCAGAAAUGGAUCAUGCUGAAAAUAAUUGUUGUUUGAAUUGAACAGUAUAAAACAAUCAGAAGGGAGAAAGACCCAUUGAAAUCACUUAGAAUGUAUGUGUUGCCACCCUAGGGUCACACACUUCUCAUAAAGCAAAUUUAGAACUUUAUUAUUCAAAAACAUAAAAUACCUUGAUAUGAUAUUUUGGCCAUAUUGCCCAGUCUUACCUUGUCUGCAAAAUCAGUGUCACCGUCGCGAAGGAAUUUCCUCUAGGUUUGUUGAAGUCGUUGGUUUCCCAAUCAGUUCAGAUCUCACCCGUGACACACACACACACACAUUCACACUGUAUAGUGGUCUAAAUGUUGCAGGGUAUGCUAUUGUGGAACAUUUCAAUUAGUAGCGUCUUUAGCCCCUUUAGCCACAGUGAGUGAGAGUGUCCAAGUACUGCUUUCCAAAUGGCACCCUGGUCAAAAAUAGUCUGGGCCCUGGUCAAAAGAAGUGCACUAUAUAGGGAAUAGGGUGCCACGUGCUGACUCUUGUUAAUCAGCAUGGAGCUGACCUAGAGAUGAAAUUAGCAGAGCUCCCAGACACUGCGACACACUGUAGCAAGCUACUGUAGCAGACAGACACUGUACUUACACUGGACUACUGCAGUGUAACUGCUAACAGCUUAUUUUCCCCAUGUAGAGUAACCUCUUAUGUUAUUUAUCACCCUGUCUACCCAUCCCCUCUCGCUCUGUCUUGGCCCUGUUCUCUCCUUCCAUCAUUUUUUUUGUCUCUUUUUCUUUCGCCUUUCUUCGCCCACCCCCUUUCUACUACUAUCCUCCCCUAAUUCGCCUAUGCUCUCUCUCUCCUACCCUCCUCCCUUUAAUCAUUCCCCUCUCCCCCUCUCUAUCUUCCUCUCCCCUGUCUCCCUGUCUCCCUCUCUCCCCUCCUCCUCUCCCCCCUCUCUAUCUUCCUCUCCUCUGUCUCCCUCCCUCUCUCCCCUGCUCCUCUCAUCCCUCUCUAUCUUCCUCUCCCCUGUCUCCCUCCCUCUCUCCCCUGCUCCUCUCAUCCCUCUCUAUCUUCCUCUCCCCCUCUCCCUCCCUCUCUCCCCUCCUCCCCUCCCCCCCUCUCUUAGGUACAGACACACAGUGAGCCUAGGGAGUGUGGCUGUGAUGUGUCAGUUUUGCAAGCCUCCCCUGUCCCUGGAGGCCACUAAGGGUUGCGCCGACUGCCAAGCCAGCUUCUGUAAUGAGUGUUUCAAGCUCUACCACCCCUGGGGAACGCCGCGCGCCCAGCACGAACACGUCCAGCCCACCCUCAACUUCAGGCCCAAGGUGAGGCCUGCCUCUCCCUCAUCACUCUCUCUCCUCCCUCAUAUCUCUCUCUCCUCUGUCAUCCCUCUCUCUCCUCUCUCAUCCCUAUCUCUCUCUCUCUCCUCUCUCAUCCCCCUCUCUCCUCCCUCAUCUCUCUCCUCUCUCUCAUCACUCUCUCCUCCCUCAUCCCUCUCUCAUCCCUCUCUCUCCUCUCUCAUCCCCCUCUCUCCUCCCUCAUAUCUCUCUCUCCUCCCUCAUCUCUCUCUCCUCUCUCAUCCCCCUCUCUCCUCCCUCAUCUCUCUUCCCUCUCCUCCCUCAUCUCUCUCUCCUCUCUCAUCCCUCUCUCUCUCCUCUCUCCUCUCUCAUCUCUCUCUUCUCUCUCCUCUCUCCUCUCUCAUCUCUCUCUCUCUCUCUCUCUCUCUCUCUCUCUCCUCUCCUCUCUCUCUCCUCUCCUCUCUCUCUCUCUCUCUCUCUCUCUCCUCUCUUCUCUCUCUCUCUCUCUCUCUCUCUCUCUCUCUCUCAUCCCCCUCUCUCCUCUCUCAUCCCUCUUGCCUGUCCUCCUCCUCCAGGUUCUGUCGUGUCCGGAGCAUGACCAGGAGCGUCUGCACUUCUACUGUAGGACAUGCCAGAGGUUGCUGUGCCCGCUCUGCAAGCUGCGCCGCGUCCAUGCCGGGCACAAGGUGGCGCCAGUCGCCCAGGCCUACCAGACACUCAAGGUGGGCAUCUGGGUGCAAUGGCUUAAUUGAUUGUAGCAUGGUUCCUGCAUUGGCCUUAUACUGUGGAAUUUACUGAAUAAUGUAUGUAAUACCUAUGAGCUGCUUUGAAUAAAAGUACCCAAAUGGCAAUAUUGUUAUACUCAAUUGCAUUAGUGGAUAUCACACACAAUGGAGAUUGGCCCUCAAUGGUUGGUGGUUAGUCUAGUAGUACAGUGCAUGACAGAAAAGGGGUAGGAGUCGCCAUUGAACUGUGGGUUUAGAUCAUCCAGUAUGUAAGAGAUACAGUUAACAUGUAGGGUAAUACAGAGCUACUGUUGUGCAUUAGGAGGAAGUCUGGUCUGGUCUGGGCAUUAACUCUUUGUUUAUUUGUUGUCACUGUUUAUUUGACAGGACAAGAUUACCAAGGAGAUGAACUACAUUCUGUCCAACCAGGAGACAGUGCUGGGCCAGAUCUCACAGCUGGAGAGUGCCAUCACUCAGACAGAGGUAACUAAAUAAUACUGCAGUCUGCAGAGCUCCAGAAAUACCCCACCAGAGGGGUAUACUACAAAGGAGGAUCAAUUAGUUAGCCAGCUAACUUUAAUAAACAACCAGAAAUAACUAUUGAUUCAUUAAGAAAGUUGAACUUAGAUAUGUUAUUUUGGAUGUUGAGUUAAUUAGACCAAGUUUUCUUUAAAAAAGCAACUUGUUAGCUGGCUAAGUAAACAAAUAGCCAAUUCAUCAUAUGAGCUCCACUGCGCGGGCAAUAAUAUAUAAUAAUAUUUAAGCAAGUUAGUUGGCUAACUCAUUGAUCCUACUGGCCACACCACCUUGGACAGCAUUGUUUACCACAGUAGACAUCAUAUGCUAAUGUUAACUGUAUUUAUAAUACAUAGCUCUAUGGUCCUAAUCUGUGUGUUGCUGUCUAAUACAUAAUCUCUGUGGUCCUCCUAACCUCCCUGUGUGUUUCUAUCUGAAUGUUGAACAGCGUAGCCAGUCUUAACCACAGAAUGAAAUAGAACACGAUUCUAGAAUAAUAUAGAUUUAAAUACAUUAUAUCUCUAUGGUCCUACUCCUACCUGUGUGUUGCUGUCUGUCCACAGGCGAACAGUGUAGCGGCACGGGAGCAGCUGUCUCAGAGCGUGAGAGACCUGAACCUCCCACCUCGCUGAGCGCUACGCCUCAUUGGCCCAGGCCCUGGAAGGGACACGGCAGAGACGGGGCGAGGCAUUGGCGGGCCAGGUGGCGGAGAGGCGGAGCCUGCUAGAACAUGCAGGCCUCAUGGCGUUCUCCCAGGAGCUGCUGAAGGAGACGGACCCGCCCUGCUUCGUCCAGGCAGCACGCCAGACACACAGCAGGUCUGACUGGCUGGACAGCAGACAGCGUGGAAACUUAUACAAAUAGCACCCUAUUCUUAAACAAAUAUCACACUAUUCCCCAUAGAGUUGUGGUCAAAAGUAGUGCACUGUAGGGAAUAGGGUGCUAUUUUGGGCAAAUACUCAGGGCUGUUUAGCUCCCUAGUUUUGUUGUUUGUUGAUUUUUAUGUACCUUUGUUUGUUUGUUUGUUUGUAUGUUUCUCUGUUCUUAUUGUUCCAUUUCUCCUCCCUCCUCUCAGCCACUCCUUCUACCCAUGUCUGUUCUUCUUCCCCUCUUUUGUGUAUGCGUUCACUGCUCAUCCCACAUCAUCAGCAAAAUGACAAAUGGCCACAAGAGGGAGCCAGUAGACCUGUUUGAUAAAGAUAACAUGGCGUGGCUUUAGUGAUGGUGUUCUAUGUAGUUGUGCUCCAACCAGUGUUCACUGUUUCCAAUGAUGGGUUGUUAGACUGACACUGGAUUAGUGGCAUGAAACAUGUAGUUAUACAGGUAGACAGUAGACUGCUACAGUAUGUAGUCUCUCAUUAAUCUACAGUAUCUAAUCUCUCGUGGACAGAUCUACAUAAACAUAACUGGUACCGUAGAAUCUGUAGGGAAUGGAAUGGGUUGCGUGGGAUAACAAGCAGCAGUAGUUCCGGUGUUUGGGUUUUUCGUCACUGGUUAUUUGGACAAAUUACGAUUUCGCUGGUAUUAGCAUCUUUCGGAUUUCGGAAGGGGAGGGGGCAUUUGGCCCGUAACUUGCAAAGAGAGAAGUUGGAGCUCCUCGUUCUAGCGUCUCUUAGUCCCUUCUCUUAACAUGUAUGGACCCAGAAUUUAAUCGAGCAGUUGACCAAUUACGUGAGACUUUAGUUCUGGAUUAACCGAGAUGAAUCUAUCUGCUAUCAACUAAAGUUACUCUAAUUGCGUGUUACCCUAAUAAUACAGUUGUUAAGUCUGUGUAGUGCAUACCUUCCUCUUCUGACUUCUUGUCUACUUCCAAACAAUUAUUCUAAAAGUCUCUCCCUUUCUCUCUCUCUCUCUCCCUCCUCUCUCUCCCUCCUCUCUCUCCAAGGUUAUCCACGUCCAUCGAGGGGCUGCAGUGUUUCUCUCUGGCCGCUGAUCCCUCCUUCAGACACUUCCAGCUGGACGUCUCCAAAGAGCUCAAACUCCUCACAGACCUGCAGUUCAUCCAGGGUGAGACAGAGGAGGAGAGGAGGAUGAAGGAGGGGAUAGGAGGGAGGGGUAGAGGGAUAGAGUCAGCCAGAGAGCAGGGUUAGAGCCAGAGUAUUGAAAGAGGGCUAUAGGAGUGGAAAUAGAGGAUGUAAGAGAAAUCACAUUCUACAGAAUACAAUCAUGUAACAUUUUGGUGGUCAUUCAAUUUAAAGGCAAGAUGAAAUAGAUGCACAAGAUAAACAGCAGUAGUGUGUCAAUUUCGGCAACAACUCUGUUUUGGUCCUGUAGCUAUCACGUUGUAGCAGUGUGAAGCGCACCAGUGCACAUGCGCAGAUACUCUGUGUGACUGUGUGAGAGCAAAGUCUUGCAUCACGCUCAUCUCAAUAUCUGUGGUGCUGCUUGUGGCAUCAUCUUCUCGCUGAGUCUACCAUUAAUUAUGUCAUAUUACUGCAUCAUAUUGUAUCUUCAACUAUGCGUUAGCAAACUGUAAUGAACGUUGGUAGUAUUGCAUAUGUAAUCAAGCCAGAGAGUAUGUUUGUGUAUCUAACAUCUGACUGACAGCUGUAACGUUUUCUCCCAUCAGCCCCUCUGGCCCCUGUCAUUGACACCCAAAAGACCAUGGCCUAUGACCAGCUCUUCCUGUGUUGGCGGCUGCCUCAGGAAUCCACCCCCGCCUGGCACUUCUCAGUGGAGUUUCGUCGCCGGGGGGUGGUGCCAGGAGGCGGAGCCAGGGGUGGUAUCCAAGGGCGAUUGGCUACGGCCCGCUGGGGCUGGCAGCGGCUGGAGGAGGUGGGCGGAACCAGUGCUGUGAUUGACAGGUUGGAGAUGGACAGUGUGUAUGUGUUGAGAGUGAGAGGCUGCAACAAGGCGGGCUUCGGGGAGUACAGUGAGGAGGUGUACCUACACACUCCACCAGCACCAGGUGAGGUUUAUACACUGUUCUAUAGGCACACACACACACACACACACACACACACACACACACACACACACACACACACACACACACGAUCUCAUCAUAAGUCUUGGUAUAGCUGAUAUGCAUCAGAACAGUAUCCAUAGAGAUCAUCUUAAUGACUAAUUUCUGUAUUUUUCUGCCCAUUCCCAUCCAUCUCUCCUCCCAUCCCUCUCUUUACCCAUCCCAUCUCUCUAUCCAACCCAUCCUCUUAACACUGUCUUCACAUGUCUCUCCUCAUCUCACUCAUUCCGCUCCUAGAUCCACUCUCCCAAUCCACAUUUCUCCCUGUGCCUGUUAGUGUGAGCAUCGACACCCUUUUCGAAUUCUUCCUCUUGUUGCUUUGCACAUAUCUCUACCUCUUUUUACAUGUAUACCAUGCAUCUCUUGUCCUCCCAGACACCCUCUUUCUACCCUCUCUCCCAUAAUGAGAUCUCAGAGUGUGUUGAUGAGGUUUGCUGUUUGUUAAAACCUGAGGCUUAACAAAUGGAUUUGGUUGAUUGAGAUCUAUGCUAAUGAGUCUGAGAAGUCCGGAGUGGUCAAUGUAUUCCUUGUCUCCCCUGGUAAAUUCUUCUAUUCUGCUAUAUUUCCCCAAAAUAAUCCCAAUAAUAAUCCCAAUUUAGGAAAGAUGCAUCCUUCUCCUUUGAUUGACCUUCUGCUUUGACUGUUUUCUAUCAGUUUCUAGUUUGUUGAUGAAAGACAGUUUGACUCCCUCUCUCCUAGUCCAUGUCUCCUCUCUUCAUUCCAGUUCUUUAUCCCUCUCCUCUGUUAACCCUCUCAGUUCUUUCCUUGUUGCCCUGAUUCUAUAUCUUAUUACUCCUCUAUCCCUGUAAUAGUGCUGAGCGAUUAACCAAAAUAUUUUUUUUUUUUAACAACUAAUUGACCGACAUCGGUUCAAUUAUUUGAAUUCCAUUUUGUUCCGUUUUUUUUCUAUGAGCUCAAUGUGCAGUUUCUGUAGAGAUAACUCAGAUCAAGCCUGAACUGUGCGAUGUAGUAGGGAGUUGUAGUUUCCAACAGGCCAAUAUUCUACAUAGUUUAGUGCAGAAAAUGGGGUAAUGAACUACAAUGACCAUAAUCCAUUGCGCGCCCGCUUAAACUUAUCUGGUCUGUGCGGAGCAGACGCGGAGACUGAGACAAGAGAGAACGUGCGAUCAAGAGGGAUAGAAAGCAGUUGCUUCAUAAGCCUGAAAAUACAUGAUCUAAGUGAUUGAUAGUUUCAGCAGUCAUAAAGGUAUGCCUUUUUUACUUUGAAGAACUACUAAAAUAGUGAUUUUGUCAGGCAGUAUAGGCAGCAGCUCUAUAGAGAUGAGAUGAUGACUUGGAAUUAAAUAAUAUAGUCGUCAAAUAAAACAAAUAUUUUAUUAAAGUAAUGUGAAUAAAUUAAGUGAUAAGCAGUCACUACCAUCAUGAAUUGUUUUAUUCUGUGUUUUUACAACAUUUAACCCACAAAAUGCAUAUUGCAUUUAAUGUCAAUUUCUUUUAUCGAAACCGAAAUAAAACAAUGUGAUUAUUUUUGAAUAAUCUAAUCGAAACCGAACCGACCUCAAAAAGCACUAAUCGCUCAGCACUACCCUGUAUUUACCUCCUCUGUGCCCUUCUCCUCUUCCCUCUCUCCUACUUCGCUUCUCUACUCUAUCUCAUCAAAACCCUCCUCUUCCCUCUUCUCUAUUUCCUGCAAAAUCACUGCUCCUUCCACCCUCCCUCUCUCUCUCCUUCCCCCUCUCCUUCCCCCUCCCUCCACCUCCCUAUCCUCCCCUGCCCUCCUCUCUCAGUGUUAAAUUUCUACCUGGACUCUCGCUGGGGUCUCCAUGCCGACCGGCUGGUGGUGAGUAAGGAGCAGCGCUGCGCCCGGAGCGUCCCCGGCCUGUCACUGCUGCAGGCCGCCGACCGAGCGCUCACUUCCUGUCACCUGACUGCAGACCUCCUGGUGGGCGACGUGGCCAUCACCCAGGGCAGGCACUACUGGGCAUGCUCAGUGGAGCCCGGCUCCUAUCUGGUCAAGGUAAGUGGAACGGCUGGGAGGAGAGUUUGGCCCAAUCCCAAAUCGUCUCAUAAGCCCUGUGCCGUAUUCACUUAUGGAGAUCUGAGAGGAUAUGACAGGUGAAAUCAAUUUGGUAAUAGCUCCACCUUGCCUUCUGCUAGGUGGAAGUUAAACCAUAUUGCUUAUACCAAUCAAAUCCUCUCAAAUAUCCACAAGUGCAUAGGGCAGGGAUCAGCAACUAGAUUCAGCCGCAGGCCAAUUUUUUUCAAGAGCGGAUGGUUGGGGGGCUGGAACAUAAUUACAAAUAAAUUGACUGCAAAUUGACCGCAAGAAGCCCAAACAGAUACUAAAACAUAAUAAUUUCAAACCUUGCUUACAUUUGUAUAUGAGCACGUCUCUCUAUUAUGCGUGAGAGUACUUGGGAACAGAUGUCUUAAAUGAAAAUCACUUGGAGCUGAUUUCCUGGGGUUUUUACAGUCUUUUAUGUCCAACAAUGAAAAUAUUGUAUGCUCCAGAAAAUCGGGAAAUUAUAUUAUUUUACGCUAAUAUAAUUGCUCAGAGAAAGAGAUUUUGUUUAACAAGUAAUAUUUAUAUUUUUCUCAAAAAGAUAAGGGUCAAAAUUGUUGCCACCCCUGUUUUCAAUACCUUUCAAUACCUCACCUUGCGAAGAUAACAGCACUGAGCCUAAAAUGUUUUAUGAGAUUGGACAACACAUUGGGAGGGAUCGUAGUCCAUUCCUCCAUACAGAAAUUUUCCAGAUCCUUGAUAUGUUUUGGUCUGUACUUAUGGACUGCCCUCUUCAAUUCGAACCACAGGUUAUCAAUGAUUUUCAAGUAUGGAGUAGAGGUCUUCACGGGUCAAAAAAAAUUGACACGUUCUGAAAUGGACCUAGGCUUUCCCACCCGGACCCGAUAUGCAAAAAUACAUGUUUUAAUUAUAGAGACCCGUUCCGAACGGACUCGAGGACAACUAGACCUGUUCCACAUAGACCUGGUCAGAUCCAGACCCGGUCUGAUCCGAUCCCAGUGAGGGAAGCAGAAGAAAAGUCCAUUUUUAAGCUAUUUUAUUAACUGGAGCUGAUAAAGCGUGAGGGAGAGAAAGGUUCCGCUCUAGCAGGCGGGGGCGGCAGCAUAAAUUAUACAAUGUCUCUCUCUCCCUCUCUAAUGCAGCAGUCACUUUCGGAUCUGUACAGGUCCUUUUGGACAAGUCAGUUAAAAUUACACAUACCCGAGACCCUUGACAAUCAUAUCAGAUCUGACCCAGACCUGUGACAUUAUUUAGAAUUCUGGAUCCGGACCUACUCGGAUCGGGCCUCGGGCAUUCGGGUACGGGUGGAUCUGUGAAGAUCUCUAGUCUGGAGACUGAGAUUGCCAUUGCAAAAUGUUGAUUUUGUGGUCAAUUGACCAUUUCUUUGUUGAUUUUGAUGUGUGCUUGGGGUUAUUGUCUUGCUGGAAGAUCAAAUCAAAUCAAAUCAAAAUGUAUUGGCCACAUGCGCAGAAUACAACAGGUGUAGACAUUACAGUGAAAUGCUUACUUACAGCCCUUAACCAACAGUGCAUUUAUUUUAAUAAAAAAGUUAAAUAGAACAACAACAAAAAAGUGUUGAGAAAAAAGUGCAGAAGUAAAAUAAAAUAACAGUAGGGAGGCUAUAUAUACAGGGGUGUACCGGUGCAGAGUCAAUGUGCGGGGGCACCGGCUAGUUGAGGUAGUUGAAGUAAUAUGUACAUGUGGGUAGAGUUAAAGUGACUAUGCAUAAAUAAUUAACAGAGUAGCAGCAGCGUAAAAAGAUGGGGUGGGGGGUGGGGGUGGGGGGGCAGUGCAAAUAGUCUGGGUAGCCAUGAUUAGCUGUUCAGGAGUCUUAUGGCUUGGGGGUAGAAGCUGUUGAGAAGUCUUUUGGACCUAGACUUGGCACUCCGGUACCGCUUGCCGUGCGGUAGCAGAGAGAACAGUCUAUGACUAGGGUGGCAGGAGUCUUUGACAAUUUUGAGGGCCUUCCUCUGACACCGCCUGGUAUAGAGGUCCUGGAUGGCAGGAAGCUUGGCCCCAGUGAUGUACUGGGCCGUACGCACUACCCUCUGCAAGAUCCACUUGCGGCCAAGUUUCAGCCUCAUGGCAGAGGCAACCAGGUUGUUGACUAAUAUAUACAGUGAGGGAAAAAAGUAUUUGAUCCCCUGCUGAUUUUGUAUGUUUGCCCACUGACAAAGAAAUUAUCAGUCUAUAAUUUUAAUGGUAGGUUUAUUUGAACAGUGAGAGACAGAAUAACAACAACAAAAUCCAGAAAAACGCAUGUCAAAAAUGUUAUAAAUUGAUUAGCAUUUUAAUGAGGGAAAUAAGUAUUUGACCCCUCUGCAAAACAUGACUUAGUACUUGGUGGCAAAACCCUUGUUGGCAAUCACAGAGGUCAGUCGUUUCUUGUAGUUGGCCACCAGGUUUGCACACAUCUCAGGAGGGAUUUUGUCCCACUCCUCUUUGCAGAUCUUCUCCAAGUCAUUAAGGUUUCGAGCCUGACGUUUGGCAACUCGAACCUUCAGCUCCCUCCACAGAUUUUCUAUGGGAUUAAGGUCUGGAGACUAGCUAGGCCACUCCAGGACCUUAAUGUGCUUCUUCUUGAGCCACUCCUUUGUUGCCUUGGCCGUGUGUUUUGGGUCAUUGUCAUGCUGGAAUACCUAUCCACGACCCAUUUUCAAUGCCCUGGCUGAGGGAAGGAGGUUCUCACCCAAGAUUUGACGGUACAUUGCCCCGUCCAUCGUCCCUUUGAUGCGGUGAAGUUGUCCUGUCCCCUUAGCAGAAAAACACCCCCAAAGCAUAAUGUUUCCACCACCAUGUUUGAUGGUGUUCUUGGGGUCAUAGGCAGCAUUCCUCCUCCUCAAAACACGGCGAGUUGAGUUGAUGCCAAAGAGCUCGAUUUUGGUCUCAUCUGACCACAACACUUUCACCCAGUUCUCCUCUGAAUCAUUCAGAUGUUCAUUGGCAAACUUCAGACGGCCCUGUAUAUGUGCUUUCUUGAGCAAGGGGACCUUGCGGGCGCUGCAGGAUUUCAGUCCUUCACAGCGUAGUGUGUUACCAAUUGUUUUCUUGGUGACUAUGGUCCCAGCUGCCUUGAGAUCAUUGACAAGAUCCUCCCGUGUAGUUCUGGGCUGAUUCCUCACCGUUCUCAUGAUCAUUGCAACUCCACGAGGUGAGAUCUUGCAUGGAGCCCCAGGCCGAGGGAGAUUGACAGUUAUUUUGUGUUUCUUCCAUUUGUGAAUAAUCGCACCAACUGUUGUCACCUUCUCACCAAGCUGCUUGGCGAUGGUCUUGUAGCCCAUUCCAGCCUUGUGUAGGUCUACAAUCUUGUCCCUGACAUCCUUGGAGAGCUCUUUGGUCUUGGCCAUGGUGGAGAGUUUGGAAUCUGAUUGAUUGAUUGCUUCUGUGGACAGGUGUCUUUUAUACAGGUAACAAACUGAGAUUAGGAGCACUCCCUUUAAGAGUGUGCUCCUAAUCUCAGCUCGUUACCUGUAUAAAAGACACCUGGGAGUGGGUCAAAUACUUAUUUCCCUCAUUAAAAUGCAAAUCAAUUUAUAACAUUUUUGACAUGCGUUUUUCUGGAUUUUUUUGUUAUUAUUCUGUCUCUCACUGUUCAAAUAAACCUACCAUUAAAAUGAUAGACUGAUCAUUUCUUUGUCAGUGGGCAAACGUACAAAAUCAGCAGGGGAUCAAAUACUUGUUUCCCUCACUGUACAGGGAUAAAAUUGUAGACCUGCACAAGGCUGGGAUGGGCUACAGGACAAUAGGUAAGCAGCUUGGUGAGAAGGCAACAACUGUUGGCGCAAUUAUUAGAAAAUGGAAAAAGUUCAAUAUGACGGUCAAUCACCCUCGGUCUGGGGCUCCAUGCAAGAUCUCACCUCGUGGGGCAUCAAUGAUCAUGAGGAAGGUGAGGGAUCAGCCCAGAACUACACGGCAGGACCUGGUCAAUGACCUGAAGAGAGCUGGGACCACAGUCUCAAAGAAAACCAUUAGUAACACACUACGCCGUCAUGGAUUAAAAUCCUGCAGCGCACGCAAGGUCCCCCUGCUCAAGCCAGCGCAUGUCCAGGCCCGUCUGAAGUUUGCCAAUGACCAUCUGGAUGAUCCAGAGGAGGAAUGGGAGAAGGUCAUGUGGUCUGAUGAGACAAACAUAUAGCUUUUUGGUCUAAACUCCACUCGCCGUGUUUGGAGGAAGAAGAAGGAUGAGUACAACCCCAAGAACACCAUCCCAACCGUGAAGCAUGGAGGUGGAAACAUCAUUCUUUGGGGAUGCUUUUCUGCAAAGGGGACAGGACGACUGCACCGUAUUGAGGGGAGGAUGUAUGCGGCCAUGUAUCGCGAGAUCUUGGCCAACAACCUCCUUCCCUCAGUAAGAGCAUCAAAGAUGGGUCGUGGCUGGGUCUUCCAGCAUGACAACGACCCGAAACACACAGCCAGGGCAACUAAGGAGUGGCUCCGUAAGAAGCAUCUCAAGGUCCUGGAGUGGCCUAGCCAGUCUCCAGACCUGAACCCAAUAGAAAAUCUUUGGAGGGAGCUGAAAGUCUGUAUUGCCCAGCGACAGCCCCGAAACCUGAAGGAUCUGGAGAAGGUCUGUAUGGAGGAGUGGGCCAAAAUCCCUGCUGCAGUGUGUGCAAACCUGGUCAAGACCUACAGGAAACGUAUGAUCUCUGUAAUUGCAAACAAUGGUUUCUGUACCAAAUAUUAAGUUCUGCUUUUCUGAUGUAUCAAAUACUUAUGUCAUUGCAAUAAAAGUGUAAAUUAAUUACUUAAAAUCAUACAAUAUGAUUUUCUGGGAUUUUUUGUCUCUCACAGUUGAAGUGAGUGGCGCAGUGGUCUAGGCACGCUCGCAGUGAACUUGCCAAGAGAUCCUGGUUCAAUCAGCUUUCGCACGGCUGCGACCGGACUCUGGGCGCGCACAAUUGCCCUUUCGGGUAGGGGAGGGAAUAGGAUGUACUCAUUGAUAAGCAUGCAACAAACGCCAGGUUGUGGGUUCGAUCCACGGGGGCCAGUAUAAAAAAUUGUUCACUACUUAAGUCGCUCUGUACGUCUGCUAAUGAUAAAUGUAAAUGUAAAGUAUGUACUAUAUAAAAAUGAUACAUGCUUUGUAAUAUAACCUCAAAACGGCAGUGUAUCAAUACUUGUUCUCCCCAUGUAUAUAUAUAUAUAUAGUGCAUUCGGAAGUAUUAAACCCCUUCACUUUUUCCACUUUGUUCGUUACCAGGCCUUAUUCUACAAAUUGAUUUAAAUUAAUUUUGUUUCCCUCAUCAAUCUACACACAAUACCCUGUAAUGACAAAUUGAAAACAGGUUUAUAGAAAUGUUUGUAUUAAAACUAAAAAACAGAAAUACCUUAUUUACAUAAGUAUUCAGACCCUUAGCUAUGAGACUCGAAAUUGAGCUCAGGUGCAUCCUGUUUCCAUUGAUCAUCCUUGAGAUGUUUCUACAACUUUAUUGGAGUCCACCUGUGGUAAAUUCAAUUGAUUGGACAUGAUUUGGAAAGGCACACAUAUUUAUAAGGUCCCACAGUUGACAGUGCAUAAACCAAGCCAUGAGGUCGAAGGAAUUGUCCGUAGAGCUCCGAGACAGGAUUGUGUUGAGGCACCGAUCUGGGGAAGGGUUCCAAAACAUUUCUGCAGCAUUGAAGGUCUCCAAGAACACAGUGGCCUCCAUCAUUCUUAAAUGGAAGAAGUUUGGAACCACCAAGACUCUUCCUACAGCUGGCCGCCCGGCCAAACUGAGCAAUCGGGGGAGAAGGGUCUUGGUCAGGGAGGUGACCAAGAACCUGAUGGUCCCUCUGACAGAGCUACAGAGUUCCUCUGUGGAGAUGGGAGAACCUUCCAGAAGGACAACCAUCUCUGCAGCACUCCACCAAUCAGGCCUUUAUGGUAGAGUGGCCAGACGGAAGCAAUUCCUCAGUAAAAGGCACAUGACAGCCCGCUUGGAGUUUGCCAAAAGGCACCUAAAGGACUCUCAGACCAUGAAAAAACAAGAUUCUCUGGUCUGAUGAAGCCAAGAUUGAACUCUUUGGCCUGAAUGCCAACUGUCAGGUCAGGAGGAAACCAGGCACCGCUUAUCACCUGGCCAAUACCAUCCCUACGGUGAAGCAUGGUGGUGGCAGCAUCAUGCUGUGGGGACUGGGAGACUAGUCAGGAUCGAGGUACAGAGAGAUCCUUGAUGAAAACCUGCUCCAGAACGCUCAGGACCUCAGACUGGGGCGAAGGUUCACCUUCCAACAGGACAACGACCCUAAGCACACAGUCAAGACAACGCAGUAGUGGCUUCGGGACAAGUCUCUGAAUGUCCUUGAGUGGCCCAGCCAGAGCCCGGACUUUAACCUGAAAAUAGCUGUGCAGCAACGCUCCCCAUCCAACCUGACAGAGCUUGAGAGGAUCUGCAGAGAAGAAUGGGAGAAACUCCCUAAAUACAGGUGUGCAAAGCUUGUAGCGUCAUACCCAAAAAUACUUGAGGCUGUAAUCGCUGCUAAAGGUGCUUCAACAAAGUACUGAGUAAAUUGUCUGAAUACUUAUGUAAAUGUGAAAAAAUAAAUAAAAACAUGUUUUUGCUUUGUCAUUAUGGUGUAAUGUGCGUAGAUUGAUGAGGGGAAAAAACAAUUUAAUAAAUGUUAGAAUAAGGCUGUAACAUAACAAAAUGUGGAAAAGAAGUCGAGGGGUCUGAAUACUUUCCAAAUGCACUGUAUAUAUAGAUAUCUUUUUUUUUUAAUGUAUUACCUGCUAAACAGAAUCUCUUUCUCUGAGCAAUUGUAUAAUUCUCCCACUUUUUUUUAGCAUACAAUAUAGUAUUUUUGUUUUUAUUUUACAGUAUUUUUUUGUUCAUAUUUAUCAAGGGUGCCAAUAAUUUCGGACCCCACUGUAUGUUGCUGCCCCCUUUCAGUGCCCCUCUCUAUCUGUUACACAGGUGGGAGUGGGCCUAGAGGCCAAACUACAGGAGUGGUUUCACCUUCCCCAAGACAUGGCCAGUCCCCGGUGAGUGGUGCUGGAGGUUGAGGCUAUAAAGUGCAGGGAGAACAGGAAGUAGUCAAUGGAAAAUAUGUUGAGGAGAGACUGACUUACAUCAGGGUAGGAGUGCUGGUCUAGGAUCAGUUUAGCCUUUUACAGCAUAAUGAAUAAGAUUACAUGGACAGGGGGGACCUGAGAUCAACCUUCCUACUCUGAGACGCUUUAUGUAUACGGGCCCUAGUUGUGUGUGUGUGUGUAUGACUCAGCACUCUCUAUUUCUUUCUCUCUCUCCUCUCUCUCUCGCUCUCGCUCUCGCUCUCGCUCUCGCUCUCGCUCUCGCUCUCUCUCUCUCUCUCUCUCUCUCUGCCUCCCGCUGUAGCUAUGACCCAGACAGUGGCCAUGACAGUGGGGCAGAGGAUUCCCUGGACUCCCCUCCCUCCUUCUCUUUCCUCACAAUGGGCAUGGGCAAGAUCUUCCUGCCCCAGGCUCCCAACCAUCAUAACAACCACGGUUGCAACGGCACCAGCCCCCGCCGCAGCCCCACCAUCGCCAACGGCAACAGCCCAGCCUCCUCGCCUACGGGCCUCACCUACCCCCUGCCUCCCAGGCUCGGGGUGUGCCUUGACUUUGAGAAGGGUCGCGUCACUUUCUACGAUGCCCACUCGCUCCGUCCUCUGUGGGAGGGGCCUGUCGAUUGCUCCGGCCCCGUUUGCCCAGCUUUCAUUUUUAUUGGCGGAGGGGCGCUGCAGUUACAGGAGUUGGUGGCCAAUCGGAUGGCAGACCAGACUCCAGUCAGGAGGGUCACCAUCCAAUCACGUGUCACUAAUCUGAAUAACUAGGCUGCGAUUCAAUUUUAAACAAUGGUGUAGCGCGUGCUUGACAUUUAAAGGUAAUAUCCAAUUGAGCCGACCUCUGCAGCGUUUACCUUGAAUGCGAUCUCUGCAAACGCAGUAACAUUGCCUUUAAAAUAAUUGAAUCUCGGCCCUAAUCUGAGGUGAUUGAUUGGACAUACAAUAUAUAAAGUUAAUUGUAAGCUAUUUACUAGGCCAGAGCAAAAAGUUAGUAACGUCAUUUUGUUGUUUUGUAUUUCAUUUGUAUGAAAACGUUUUUAUUGCAACCAAUAUGCAAAUGUAUUUAACUUAAUUACAUACUUUUAUUUUGUCAGAAAUACUAAAUUGCUUAAGUAGUGGCUGGCAAAUUACACACACAGCAACUAUGUAAUGUCUCCUAUCUUUGACACUUGCUCUAUUAACCACGCUAUACUGUAUAUAUUUACGGUAUAUAUGUAUAUAUGCAAGAACAUAUAUUUAUUUGAGAAAAACUGUUUCUCAGUCAUGUCUUGUCUGGGUGUUCAUCUAUGUCAGGGGAUUUCAAAUCUUACCGUACGAGGUCCGGACCACUGCUGGUUUUCCGU